AUGCAGACAUCUCCGAACGAUCCGUCGGCCGAAGCGGGUGCCGAAGCCAUCAUGUCCAUGGCCUUGGGCGUGGGGAUGGGUGCAGGCGCUUCUGAAGGCAUUUUUGACGGAGUUUCAGAGGGCGUGCUGACACCCCGGCGACGCGGCCGUAUUGCCAAGGCUUGUUCACAAUGCCACACUAGGAAGCAGAAGGUCCAGAAUCUCUGCCGGCCGCGCGUGCUUCGUGACGAGCAACGCGAAGAGCAGAGCAGUCGCCGACGGACACGGCGGGCAGCAGCCAGAACGGGGCGACCACCGCCACGACCAAGACCGCUACGUCAAGGCCGUGCCGGCAGUCCAUCCGCGUCACCGUCCCAUCCUCUCACGCCGGCGUCGGCCACCACGGCCGGCACUCCCAGCACGAACACGGCACCUGGCUUGGACAAAGCGGGUGGUCUUGGGUCUGGCCUUGCUGAGAACACGAUAGAGAACACGACGGCGCCCAGAUCGACAUCGACACGGGCGACAGUUGAGGACGCCGAAAACUCACAAUCUCUCGAGGCCCAGCCGGACAACAUUGACGAGGGCCGCCCACAACCACGUAACAGCUCUGGGACGACGUCUGUGACCGGCGCCGGGUCCGCCAGUCAGCCGGGGCCGACCAGUACGGGCACGACCACCAACACCGGUGCAGGCAAUGUCGCCCCGCUGGGCCAGCUGUGGAAAUCCCGCGGCGCCCCCACGUUCUUUGGCAGUUCCUACUUUGGACCGCAGGCGGCGGCUGCUCUGCUCGACACGUCCGCGCCGUAUGUCCAGCCAGGUGCCAACAUGUCGCUCAGAAGCUCGAUUGCGCGGCCGUUCCGUGACGAGGGCGGGCCCUUUUCCCAACUUUGGGAUUUGCUGGGGAUGCUGCCCCGGCAGAGAAGUACAGUCGACCGUCUUGUCGACCAGUUCCUGGCCCAUGUGAGCGUCACCGCCGACGCAGUGCACCCGGCCUCGUUCCGCCGCGAGUACGAGCGCUUCUACUCGCGGAGGGCCGGCUUCGACGAUGUCACGACGGUCGACAUCCGCUGGCUGGCGCUGCUGUUUAUCGUCCUCGCCAUUGGCACCUACUUGGACUGCCCGGGCGGCGCGCCACCAGAAGUGCAGCGCGAGUACGAGGACGCGUCGAUGAGCUUCUUCUGGGCGUGCCGGCGGGCCAUUGUGAUUGCCCCGUCGUUCUACGGGGAGAGCACCGAUCUGGUGCGGGCGGGUAUCCUGGCCACGCGGUACUGUCUGUUCUCGCAGCGCAUCACAGAAGGCUGGCUGACGGCAGGCUUCGCAUCGCGGCUCGCCAUUGCGCAGGGCGUCCACAUUGACGGCACCCACUGGAAGCUGCCACGGCGCGUGACCGAGGCCAGGCGGAGGCUGUGGUGCCACCUGUACCUGCUGGACCGGAUGAUUUCCUUGGCGCUGGGGCGUCCCUAUUGCAUCCUGGACAACCUGAGCCUGACGCAAGAACCGGAAAACGUGUUUCUCGACGAUCUCGGGCACGACGAAGCCAAUGCCGCCCUGGCGGAGCCGCUCACCACGCAUCCCACACCCAGCGUCCUGGCCAUCUUUUCGUACAGGCUGGCCCGCAUCAUUGGCCGCAUCCAGGAACAGACCUUUGGCCUCCGCGCGGCGUCGUACCGCGAAGUCAUGCGCCUCGACGCGCAGCUGCUCGCCUGGAAGCAGUCGUUGCCGGCCUACUUUGCCUUGGAGGACACGGACGUUUCGCUGGACAGCAGCCGCCCCUUUUUGAAAUGGCACCGCCUUUACCUCCAUACUGCAUUCCACUUCUCCCGCAUCACACUGCACCGCCCCUACGCCUGGCGCAUUUCUGUUACGGACCAGCACCGCUACAGCCGAGAGGUGUGCUAUGCAUCGGCGUGUGCCGACCUCAAGACGCGACUGGAGCACGACGUCGCGGGCGAGGGUCGCGGCGGGCCGGCCGACCACUACGUCUGGUGUCUCGGGGCGCCGCAGCUGUUCAACAGCGCUAUUGUUCUCGGGCUGCUUGCCAUCCAGGAGCAACCCAGGCCAUUUCCCAGGACGUUUCCACGCACGGGGGGAUCCGUGACACAACGGACGAAGAGGGCACAGAAUGAAAACGUAAACCAGACGCGGGUCGACAUCCACCCCGUCGUCAACGACUUGCAAGCUUUCUGCGACAAGGAGCGCAACGAGAUCUGGGUCAACGACUUCCGUCUGGCCGAAGUCAAGGUGGCAGAGCUGUGCAUUGAACGGUUACGGAGACGGGCGGGACUGGGGGAGACACAGGAAACGUCUCUGCCACCACAGGAGUAUCCGCAACCGCCAGAGCCAGGGCCAGAACGUGAACCAGAACCCGAACCGGAACCCGAACCCGAACGAGAACCUCUGGCUGCUGCACCGGCAGCCCCCAUGCCCGCAUCCGCCUCUGCCCCUCUCCAGCCCGGCCUCAAUGCCGGUCUCAACGGCUUCCCAACAGGAGGCACGCCCGCCAAUGCGUGGCAACCGCUGCUGCAAGACGUCUCCCUCUCACCGUGGGAUCCGAACGCGGCUUGGCUGGGCACAGACUUUCGGCUGAGAGCCAGCGGCGAGCCGCCCUUCUCGGAAGCCUUUUCGUUUCCGGGGCCGACGGAUCUGGUGACGUGGCAGGACAUGAUUGAUGCCAUUGAUAGUCAGCAAUACGACGGGCCUGUGCCAUUGGGACUACCAGACUCGUCGUAG